AUGCGACAUCAACGAAAGGCAGUUGAUAUUUAAAGUACUCGACGCAAUGUUCUGGUUCUACCUCGGUCUCCUGGCCGGUAUCCUAUACCUGCUGCGUAUCUUCGAGAAGCAGUCCAAACUCAAUAAGCUCACCCACAAUUGGCCAAGUCCACCUUCAUAUCCCGUUAUUGGCCAUCUUCACAUCCUGGCCAAGAUGGUGGGACCAAAUCAGUUCCGUAACGCCACCGACCUGGUCACAAACCAUUUGAAGGAUCAUCGGGGAAAGAUUUGGAUAGGCCCAAAACUCUAUAUCCUGGACUGUAAUCCCAAGGAUAUUCAAGCUUUGAGCAAUGCCAAGCAGCUUUUGCAGAAGACCAAUGAUUACGCCGUUUUUGAGGAUUAUCUCCACGAGGGACUCUUCACCAGUAAUGCAGAAAAGUGGAUGCAUCGCAGGAAAAUCAUCAUGCCUGCCUUCAACUAUGCCAUGAUCAAGCAGUUUGUGGUUGUCUUCGAGAAGCAGUCAAGGAUUCUUAUAGACAGGCUUGAGAAAUACUCCAAGACCGGAGAGAAGGUGGAUUUCCUCAAAUUAAUCAGUCGCUUCACCUUGGACGCCAUUUGUGAGACCGCCUUAGGGGUUUCAGUGGGUGCGCAAUCCCUUGAGAAAUCGGACUACCUCACUGCGGUUCAAGAAAUCCUAGUGAUCAUAGAUAAGCGGCUUAAGAAUCCACUCUAUCGCAUUCAGUUUAUUUUCCGUCGGACGAAUCAUUUCAUGCGCCAAAAGGAGUUACUUAGAACCCUUCAUGGCUUUUCGGAGGGAAUUAUCCAAAAGAGAUUAGAUGCGAUUAAACAAGAUGCAGAGAAUCGGAAUACCAACAGCACGAAGAAUGCAGAGUUGGACGAAGGAAAACCAACUCUUUGCUGUCUGGAUACUCUACUUCAGGCAAAGGAUCCCUAUGGCAAACCAUUGACAGUCAAGGAUAUUCGCGAGGAGGUGGAUACCCUUAUAUUCGGUGGCUAUGAUCUCACAGCCACUACCCUUAAGUUCUGCAUGUACAACUUGACACUCCAUCCGGAGCAUCAGACAAGAUGUAGGGAAGAAGUAUGGUCGGUGUGCGGUCAGGACACAACCGAACCCAUCUCCAUAGAUCAGUUGGGAAAACUGGACUUCCUCGAGGCAUGUAUAAAGGAAACGAUGAGGCUCUAUCCCUCGGGUCCAGUUACUGCCAGAAAGGCCAUGGAAGACUGUCAGAUAAAUGAAUUCUUUAUACCCAAAGGCAGCGACGUGAUCUUCUCACCGUUCUACAUGGGACGUUGCAAGGACUUCUUUCCGAAUCCAUUGGUAUUUAAUCCAGAUCGCUGGGCCAGUGGAGCGGAGCCAAAGAUCGAUGCCUCCACAUUUAUACCCUUUAUGAAGGGCGCCCGAAGCUGUAUUGGUCAACGCUAUGCGAUGGUAAUGAUCAAGUUGGUCCUGUCUCAUCUUUUGCGAAACUAUUACUUUGAGCCUUUGGACGACAAGCAAGAGAGGUUGAAGCUUCACUUUUUGAUCACACUGCACACCAUAAAGCCGUUUUUAUGUAAAGUCAAGAAAAUUGACGCUUUGUUGGCAAUUGCAAUCGACGCAAUGUACUGGAUCGCCGUUAGUCUCCUAGUGAUCGGUAUUUCCUUGAUCCUAUUUUAUGUCUUGGAAAAACAGGCCAGGUUGAACCGGCUCACCCACAACUGGCCGAGUCCGCCGUCGUUUCCCCUUAUUGGCCACCUUCACAUCCUGGCCAACUUGGUGAGGCCGAUUCCGUUUUCUCGCAUCUACAAGAUGGUCAGCAGCCACCUGACCGAUCAUCGUGGGAAAAUUUGGAUUGGCCCGAAACUCUAUCUUCUGAACGGUAACCCCAAGGAUAUUCAAGCCUUAAGCAGUGCCCAUCAGCUGAUGCACAAGCCUGAGGACUACCAUGUCUUGACGGAUUGGCUCAACGAUGGAGUCUUACUCAGUAAUGACGAAAAGUGGAUGCAUCGCAGGAAGAUCGUCGUGUCCGGUUUCAACUAUGCCAUGAUUAAGCAGUUUGUGGCUGUCUUCGAGAAGCAGUCGAGGAGUCUUGUAGACAGCCUUGAGGAAUACUCCAAGACCGGAGAGCCGUUGGAUUUCCUCAAAAUUACCAGUCGCUUCAGCUUGGACACCUUGUGUGAGACUGCCUUAGGGGUUUCAAUGGGUGCGCAAUCGGAUGAGAUAUCGAACUACCUAACUGCUUCCAGGGAAUUGGUGGACAUCAUUCAUUUACGUCUGAAGAAUCCCUUCUACCACAUUAAAUUCAUUUUCCGGCAGACGAGACACUUUAGGCGCCAGCAGGAGUUACUAAAAAUCCUCCAUGGCUUUUCGGAGGGCAUUAUCCAAAAGAGAAGGGAUAAGAUUGAACAGGAUGCAGAGAAUCGGAAUUCCAAUGGCACGAAGAAUGCAGAUUUGGACGUAGGAAAGGCAUCCCUUUGCUGUCUGGAUACUCUCCUCCAGGCAAAGGAUCCCGAUGGACAGAAAUUGACUCUCAAGGAUAUUCGCGAGGAGGUGGAUACCAUUAUAUAUGCUGGCUACGAUCUCACAGUCACCGCCCUUAAGUUCUGCAUGUACAGUUUGACACUCCAUCCGGAGCAUCAGACAAGAUGUAGGGAAGAAGUAUGGUCGGUGUGUGGUCGGGACACAACCGAACCCAUCUCCAUAGAUCAAUUGGGAAAACUGGAGUUCGUCGAGGCAUGUGUGAAGGAGUCCUUGCGGAUGUAUCCCACGGCUCCAAUCGUGUCCAGGAAAGCCACUGCCGACUUUCAGAUAGAUGAAUUUUUCAUACCCAAGGAUAGCGUUAUUAUCCUCGCACUAUUCUACAUAGGACGAUGCAAAGAAUUCUUCCCCAAUCCAAAACUCUUCAAUCCAGAUCGCUGGGCCAGUGGAGCAGAGCCAAAGAUCGAUGCCUCCACAUUUAUACCCUUUAUGAAGGGUGCCCGAAGCUGUAUUGGUCAACGCUAUGCGAUGGUAAUGAUCAAAAUGCUUCUGGCUCAUCUCCUGCGGAAUUAUUACUUUGAACCUCUGGGCGAGAAACAGGUUAAGUUGGAACUAAACUUUGUAGUUACCCUGCACACCAUUGAGCCUUAUCUUUGUAAAAUCAAGAAAAUCAAUUUAGGCGAUUCUUUGUAAGAUGAGCAUUACGAAUUGGAUGUUACCCAUGGUGGAAAUUUAAUAAUUGCAGAAAAAACAAUAAAUAAUCUUAUAAACAUUGAAAAAGGAUAGUCAGAAAUAAAAUUGGAUUCUGAGGUAAAAUUUUCGGGUUAUUUUUACUAAAGAUGAUAUGUACAAUC